CGUGUAAGUGCUCACGGACGAUUGUCGUAAAAGCGGCAUUUCGUGCAUGCUGAAUUUGACAAGAUAUUAGGGUAGUUAUUAAAACAUUGGUUUAUGCAAGUGACAAGCGUAAAGCUAACGUAAUGGAAACCUCCAGUGGAAGUUCGUCCUUCAACACGACCGAGGCCAGCCAGCUUUUGAAGGACAUAUUGCAAGGAAACACAGGUGUUUCCAGCAUAUCAAGUUCUGUCACUGAUGGAGAUUUUGCCAGGUCUGCAAGGGAUAUCAGUGGAGAGUCAGGUGCCAGUUUUGCAGAUGCGGUGAAGGCACACCUGCCAAAACAGCAGAUAAUUUUACAAGGAAAUGACAGUGCCAAUAGUUUUAGUGUAUAUGGGAGAGAUGUUAGUAUCAUUGCCAGUCAGGCCAGUGGUGCCGCUGAGAGAGUUCCAGCCAGUAAUAAGGUGAAAAUCACCCCAAUGGUAAAUUUUGAAUGGGAGCCCAAAUACUACAUUGGGAACUUGGUUGCUAUACACAGGGAUGGGAUACACAUGUCAUAUGUUCUGACAGGUGAGAAAACCAUGUGGUGUACAGUAUAUCAUGGAUAAAGGCUUUCCCACUAUCAAUGGCUAGAAUAGCAU